UCGGUGCAUCAUCGGGGGGUCGUUCUUCUACUCUAUUAAAGGUAAGGAGUAGUUUUGACGCAGAUGAGAUAAAGGACUUUAGAAACUUGGAUCUCAGCGAAUUUCUAUGGGGAAGAGUAAUGGCUGCAAGGUUUGUAUUACAGGAGGUGCAGGGUACAUAGGCUCUUGGCUUGUCAAGAAGCUUUUAGAGAAGGGAUACACUGUCCAUGCAACACUCAGAAACUUGGAUGAUGUUUCGAAGGUGAGCCUUCUGAAGAGCCUUCCUGAUUCUGAUGAAAGGCUAGUGCUUUUUGAAGCAGACUUUUAUAAUCCAGUUACGUUUGAGCAGGCAAUUGAAGGAUGUGAAUUUGUUUUCCAUGUAGCAACUCCCUUGCUUCACUCCCCAAACUCCCAGUACAUGAACACAACUGAAGCUGCUAUAGCUGGGGCAAAGAGCAUCGUAGAGGCUUGUCUUAAAUCAGGAACAGUUAGGAGGCUAAUCUACACUGCUUCCGUGGUUGCUGCAUCUCCCCUUAAAGAAGAUGGCAGUGGUUUCAAAGACUUCAUGGAUGAAACAUGUUGGACUCCUCUAGAUCUCACAGUUGCUUGUUCUAAUGACUUCCUCAAGGACUAUGAAGAUUCAAAGACACUGGCAGAGAAAGAAAUCUUGAGCUAUGUGAAUCACAACAAAAGAAGUGGACUUGAGAUUGUGAGCUUGGCCUGUGGUCUUGUGGGAGGGGACUCACUUCCAUCAUUCACGCCUGUAACUGUAGCUUGUUUAGUUUCUCAGCUUACAAAUAGUGCAAAUGAGUACAAUUGUCUGAGAUUCUUAGAGGAAUUGCUAGGGAAAAUUCCAAUAGUCCAUAUUGAUGAUGUUUGUGAUGCCCAUAUCUUCUGCAUGGAGAGUCCUUCAAUAAAUGGUAGAUUUCUGUGCACAAGAUCCUAUGUUUCAUCUGCACAAAUUGCUAGUUACUAUCAGCAAUAUUAUCCAGAACUUGAAGUGAAGCAAGAGUGUUUGGAUUUACCAAAGAGGCAAAUUGGCUGGGGUUCUACCAAGCUUAGUGAGGAGGGAUUUGUGUACAAAUAUGAUACCAAGAUGAUAUUGGAUGAUUGCAUAACGUCUGCAAGAAGAUGGGGUUGCCUCUAAGAACAACUUGUUAUGCCUUGUUACGUUUGAGCUUUUAUAAAAUACUGUUUAGUGGACAUUCCAACUUCAGUUUGUUGUCUUAAAUAAAUAAUCAUACUGUGUAAUACAGUUUGUGAAGAUAUUGGCCAAUAAUUGAUGUUCA